UUCUUGGAUUGGUCUUCCUGUUCAAACUCUCUCUCUCUCUCUCUCUCGCUCUCCUUCUUCGUACGCAAGCUUUGAAUGGUUUGAUUUUUAUUUUUCUUCGUUCCCAUCUUCUAGGUUUUCAAAUGUCUGCUGCAAAUACAGAACGACCCAUCUACUUCUUCAAGUAACAAACUCACCUCUCUUUUUCUUUGCACUUUACUCUUUUUUGAAUUUUUUUUUUCUCCAGCUGUUUGUGUUCAAUCUAUGUCCCGCGAAAGCUCUGUUUAGGGUUUUACUUGGUCGUAUUUGUGUUUGAUUUCUUCUCCUCCUCUUCUUCUCUCUUUAGAGAGAGAGAAAGCGGGUCAACGGUUUUAGUUGAGGGGGAAAAGGCAUCACAGACAAAUUAAAAUUUUGCAAUUUUGUGAAUUUGUAGUCAAAACCCAAAAAUUGAUCGCUUCUAUGGCCUUUCCUAGAACUAUCCUCAAAUGGGUUUCAUCGUAUUCCUAGAAUUUAACCAGGGUUAGUGAGAUAUGUUGGGGGAAGAACAAGAACAAGACCGCCCAUCCGGUGGUAGUGGCGGCGGCGGGGUUGGUGGUGGUGGUGGUGGUGGUGGUGGUGGUAAUCGGAAAGCCUAUUUACGGUCGGUUUCAUGGACUGACAGGUCACCCAGAACGCCUAAUUCUCGGCCCCAAACGAAUACCAAGUCACGGUUGUGCCUUCCUCCAUUACAGCCCCUUUCAAUCUCUCGCCGGAGUGUUGAGGAAUGGCCGAGAGCAGGGUCUGAUGAUCUUGGUAUAUGGCCUCAAGCCCCAACCCCGGGGGCAAAAGGGUCGGUUAAAAAACUUUACAACUCUGAAUCUGAACAAACCGAGGUAGAAUUUCAGUUCAGGAAGGACAAGAUUGCUUUUUUCGACAAGGAGUGUUCGAGAAUUGUUGAUCAUAUAUAUUUGGGAAGUGAUGCGGUCGCAAAGAAUCGUGAAAUUCUUCACAAGAAUGGUAUAACCCAUGUGUUGAAUUGUGUUGGUUUCGUUUGUCCGGAAUACUUUAAGAAUGAGCUUGUGUACAAGACACUUUGGCUUCAAGAUACACCCUCCGAGGAUAUCACGAGUUUGCUCUACGAUGUGUUUGAUUACUUUGAAGAUGUUAGAGAGCAAGGUGGGCGAGUUUUUGUCCAUUGUUGGCAGGGCGUGUCGCGAUCAAACUCUUUGGUCAUUGCAUACCUCAUGUGGAGGAAGAGACAAACCUUUGAAGAAGCUUUCCAAUAUGUGAAGGCAGCAAGGGGUGUGACAAACCCGAAUAUGGGUUUUGCUUGCCAAUUGUUGCUUUGCCAGAACCGGACGCUGGCGUUUCUAGCGAGCCCCAAUUCUGUGCUACGGAUGUAUCAUAUGGCACCUCACUCCCCAUACGAUCCGCUUCAUCUUGUACCAAAAAUGCUAAGCGAGCCGGGUGCACAGGGCCUUGACUCUCGGGGAGCAUUUGUUGUUCAUGUUGCUUCAGCUGUUUAUGUCUGGAUUGGAAAGUAUUGCGUGUCUGUAAUGUCAGAUUAUGCAAGGGUUGCUGCCUUUCAGGUAAUCAAGUAUGAGAUGGCGCAGGGACCGGUUGUAACCAUCAAAGAAGGUGAAGAGCCAAAUGAAUUUUGGGAUGCUCUUGUGAACAGAGAAGUCUUACCAGAUGGUUGUGGAGAAGCGGAGAUGAAAGAGGAAGAUAAGGACUCUGCCGCUACUUGUUUGGGUGUCGGUGAAAGGAAGGUUGAUCUAUAUGAUAAAGAUUUUGAAAUUUUUCACAAGGCACUUGCUGGUGGGGUUGUACCACCUUGUCCUUUGUCAGGAACUGAUUCCGAGAUUUGUCUUCCUGCUAGAGAAAAUGGGUGGGGGAGAUUAAGAUGGAAGUUUGCAAGUGGGAGGAUUAUGAAAGAAUUCAUCACAUCAUCUACUCAAUCAAGUCAUAGAGAAGUUGACUAUCCUGUUUCUCCAACUGAUCCUCCAUUGCCUUCAAGCUCUAAAGCUGGUUCAUCCUCGAUUAUCUUCUUUUGUUCUCCAACAAGCAGCCCCAAUAGGAUAAAGGAUAUUUGUAAAGAAGAGGAACAAUCAGACCCUCUUACCGAUCCUUUAUCGUCGCCAACACCAAGUUGUAGUUCGCAAGAUUCUUUUUCAUCUUUUCUUGUCAAUAGCCCAAAACCCAGUUCCAAAUCUCCUUCACUCUCGCCUUCAACCUCUGAUUACUCCACCAGUUCAUUUACUUUCUCACCAUCGUCUUCUAACUGGUCUGACUUGUCAUAUCCUUCAUCUCAAUAUUCACCUUCUGGAUUGGAAUCUCCUGGUCCUUUUCCUGCUAACAAUGCUUUGUUGUCAGAAAAAGCUUGUUUACAUUGCAAAGGAACAACAACGUCCCCUCCACGGGAAAAGGCGUUUUCUGAUAACCAUGCUCAGAGGGAGGCAAAUGAUUGUUUUCGAUGUAAGGGAACUACCCCCUCUAUUGCAGAGCGGAGGGGGAGUAAUCCUCCGCCCCGAAUGAUGUUACCCUCAGUUGAUGAAUCAUCCCAAGUUCCACGACACCUAGUACGAUCUUGGUCAUUUUCUCUACCGGAUUUGGAAGAUACUGUGAUGAGUGAUGUCGAGUGCAACCGGAGUGAUCAAGAAGCAAUUUAUGAAUUAAAUAGUGAAGAGUCAACGUUAGAUGCAGAUAUGCUUGAUACUGGCAAUGAAUUACACAGUCGUAUUGAACAUAGAAGAGAUUAUGAUACAAGUCAUCUUACAUCUAGUGACACCAGGAGUAGGGUUUUAGAAGUGGAAGUAACUAACUUGGUUCUUUAUCAGUGGCCUAGUAUGGAUAAAGUAGAGAUGCACCGGUUUGCCUACCUAGAUUCUAGAUCUGUGUACAUAACAUUCAUCUCGGAUGUAAAUUUGGGCACAAAUAAGCGUGAUGUUGUAUACAUCUGGCUGGGGCGUGAAGUUUCAAGUGGGAAAGAGCAGAAUCAAGUGAUCAAUAGUGACGGCUCAUGCAAAGAUAAUCUUGUCCAGUGGGAAACAGUUGGCAGCAAGUUUCUUGAACAAAUGGGUUUGCCAUUGAAUUCCUCUGUGCAGAUAGUCAGAGAAGGAGAGGAACCAGAGCAGCUCCUAAAGUAUCUCAACUGUUUCUCAUUUCAAAAGGUGUGACUAACACAGAGGCUACAAACUUAGUGAAAAAGAUACUGUCAACCUCCAGAAACCUCCUGCCUCGUAGGUUACUAUCAACGAUCCAUUGCAGCUUUUUUGAGUCGAGUUUGGCAUCCCGAGCAAUAGGAAGCGCUUUCUUUUUUGCUCGUGUGAUGUAUGCAGGGAAUUCAAUUCAUCACUAUGACAAAGCAUGUACAGAAGACAAGGACAAGCCCCCCCGCACUGCACGCAAAUAGGAAUUGGUAGGAAAUAAUUGUUGUAUUCAGAUGAAUAAUAUAUAAAGUGCAAGCAAUUUUUCUUUUUAACCUUGUAUUAUUUAUAUAGCUUUUGUUAUAUCCAACACCGAAGGUGUUGCUUUUUUUGGUAUGAAUUUAAGAAGCAUAAUACUUGGAACCUUUUAUGGAAAA